AUGGCUUUUGUUCCGAACUUGUGGGUCCAUCGACGUUCUGCAAGGACCCGAGCGCCAAAGCGAGCUCUCUGUUUACGUGCAUCUUCCGUUGAAGAGCGCCCAGCUGCGACGCCGACGCUGCUGCUGGCUUUGCUCGCGGGGAACCGGCUCGGUGCUUCGUACCGGGCGUCGCGUCGCAUCGCAAUUCAAAACAUUGCUGGACUUUUGGAGUCUACAGCUCUAGAAAAGCGUGAAGGCAUUCGUUUUCCUCGCGACCUUGGACGUCUCGAAGGUGUUUGGCGACUGUGUUACACCUCCGGCCGUUUGCCAGUGGGUUGCGUCAACAGCUACCAGGUUAUCCGCGGCGCUUCGCGACAGCUUGCGAACAUUGUCGACCUGGCGCUGCCUCUGGCACCGCCGCGGACGGUUUUUCGUCUGUGCAUCGAACACACCUUCGACGUUGUGGGUGAACACCGCAUCCGUCUGCGCCAGACUGCCGUGCGGACGGGGAUCACCGGUGAGGACGCCGCACCUGACGUGCACUGGCUGCGCUUCCCGCCCGUGCCCAUACCCGGCGUCAUGGCCGAGCCCGUUGGAUACCUCGAUACCAUCUACACGGAUGAGGAUGGUUUGCGAAUCAGUCGCGGUGACGGUGGUGAACUUCGUAUUUUUGUGAAGGUGUAG